AUGGAACAUAAAGAGAAGGGAGAAGAGGUGCACUUGACAGAAGAUGGAGGAGUGGUGAAAACAAUUUUGAGAAAAGGUGAAGAUGGUGAAGAAAAUGUACCAAAGAAAGGAAAUGAAGUAACAGUUCAUUAUGUUGGAAAACUUGAAAGCAAUGGUAAAGUGUUCGACUCAUCUCGUGAUAGAAAUGUGCCUUUUAAAUUUCACUUAGGACAAGGAGAAGUUAUUAAAGGGUGGGAUAUAUGUGUAGCAUCAAUGCAGAAAAAUGAGAAAUGUUCCUUACGUUUGGACAGCAAAUAUGGAUAUGGGGAAGAUGGAUGUGGUGAAAGUAUACCAGGGAAUAGCACAUUAAUUUUUGAAAUUGAAUUGAUAAGUUUUCGAGAAGCAAAAAAAAGUGUUUAUGAUUAUACAAAUGAAGAAAAAAUUCAGGCAGCUUUUGAUUUAAAAGAAGAAGGAAAUGAAUGUUUUAAAAAAAAUGAAAUUAAUGAAGCUAUCUCAAAAUAUAAAGAAGCACUUGAUUUUUUUGUAUAUGCAGAAGAAUGGGAUGAUAAUUUAAUAGAAAAAAAAAAAAAUAUUGAAAUAAUUUGUAAUCUAAAUUUAUCUACAUGUUACAAUAAGAAUAAAGAUUUCCCCAAUGCCAUUGCACAUGCUUCUAAAGUUUUGAAAUAUGAAAAAAAUAAUGUCAAAGCAUUAUAUAAAUUAGGAGUAGCUAAUAUGCAUUUUGGAUUUCUAGAAGCUGCAAAAGAAAAUCUAUACAAAGCUGCAUCCUUAAAUCCAAAUAAUUUGGAAAUCAGAAAUUCCUAUGAACUAUGUAUAAACAAAUUGAAGGAGGCUAGAAAAAAAGAUAAACUAACCUUUGGAGGAUUGUUUGACAAAGGGACACCACUCUACGAGGAGAAGAAAGGCACUGCCAAAUGA